UUACAUCCUCAAAAGUCCAAAGAUAACAACAGCACAACAGUUAAUUAUGUAUGUCGACCCAUUUUGACGACCUUUCAAUCGAACAAACUCCGAAGCUGUCAAAGAAAAAAGCAUGUCGAUUUAUACUUGUGGCUCAGAGAAUAUCUAAGCAAUUUCUAUGCCAUUUAUGGCAUAAUACAUAGUUUGUCAUCAUUGAUCUCUGCAAAACCAAUCUAGAAGAGUUAUCCUGCUCCUAUAUAACUACCCUGAGGCUUUAAACAGAUCCCCUUUAUGAACCCUUUUUUAUCUGUAUAACAUAUCCAACCUUGACAGAAAAACCCUGUUUUUUUUUUUUCCUUCUUCAAGGCUUUCACUAAUAUCCUUGUUUCAAGGAUUCUGUGAGUUUUCUGGUUUCAAUUUGAGGUUUCUUUGCAGCUUCUGAUUUGUUGUAACUGCAUAAUUGAAUCCAGACCAUGUGUGUCAAACUAGCAUCAUAGUAUGUUUGGAUUAGUUUCCCAGAACUAAUUCCGUUAUCCAGAAAUUGCUCACAGAAGCUUCUCCUCGUAAGGACGGAAAACCAUUUGUUAGGGACCAUUUUCGCGCGAAAAGGUUAUAAGUGAGGGACCAAAAGUGCAGUUUAAUUGAUUUUUGAUCAAUGGUUUCUUCUGUGUUUACCCUUAUCUGCUUUCUUCAUUCUGCAAUAGCUCUUAGUUGCGGAGCUAUGAUGAUAUUCUACUCCAAAGAGAUCACAGUGUUUGGCCGUGGACCGGAGACUGCAAGCAAGCUUCAAGGUUCAACGUCGCAUGAUCAGCUACUGAUUAAGACCUCUGAUUCGUUCUCCGGCCUGCUGUUGUUCGCAAUUGGGAUCCUUUUGGUUAUGGUUUCCUUGGUUAAGGAUAGGGAUUUUCAGAGCUUCUUCGCCAAAGGGUGUGUGCUUCUUCACGUUUCCAUGGCAGUGUGGAGAUUCUUCUUUGAGAGGAAGAUUGAAGAUCUUGCUAGUGACUGGCCUAGGCAUGCUGUUGGGAACAUUGCAUUGGCAGUUUCAUGGGUCUUCUUUCUUGUGUUCUCAUGGAGAGAGAAGUAUGAUUGAUUUGGGUUUCAAUGGCAUGUGAAGACUCAAAAUCUCAGGAUAACCAUUGUAUGAGUUCUGGUAAGAGAGGAUGUUAUAGCUUGUUGGGUCAAAUUCCUGGUUCUGUGCUGCAUAGAUUCUGUGGAUGGGUGUGAGAUUGUUUAGGAUCUUGGUUGGCAACUUAACUGCUUCAAGUUCAACUGCAAAUCAAUGUUUGAUUUUCAGUUAAAACAUUUAGUUGGAAUUGUGAUUUUCAUUCAAUGCACGAAUGUCCUUUCAUAUUCACCGUAUGGAAAUCCAAAUUUAAGGGCUUUGGGGUCCUAAAAAAUGUUGAAGUAUUCUUUUCUUAAGGCUUUAUGUGUGUGAAAGUAUAAGUUGUCAAUUUUUCAGCAUUACAUCCAUAACAUUUAUGUAUGUUUUUGUGGCAUAUUGUUGCAUUUGAUCAAUGUGGAGGUAGCAUCCAUAUGUAAGAAAAAUUCCACUUUUUUAAAGUUGAGAUAUGACAGCAAGGAAAGAUUUAUACGGAUUCUAUAUUUAUAGUAA